GGGAGGGGGGGUGGGGGAGUGAUUAACACACAACGAAUCCAUUGUAGGUGUUUGGUGCUGCUUCGUGUAUUCUAAUGAAGAUUUAAGAGGUGAUUAUAAUAAUUCUUGGCGGAGGGUUACCAAUCAUUUGGUUGCAAGAGAUAGACAACCACCAAUCGAUCGAAAACAGACGUUUCACCUUCUUGAUUGUUCACAAAGUAAACCUCUUUUAACCACACAAUUAGACCUAGCUAGACCCUCAAAUUUUCUCUCUUUUGAUCUUAUUUUCUAUCCUCGCCACAAGCAUAUAUUUAGUUUUUUUUAUAUGCAUCAAGCACUCAAAGCUCUUCCCUUCUGCAAGUACGUAGUGAUAGUGGUCGCAGAUAAAGAAUAAUGGGAAGUGAGCGGUGCGAUAUUCCAUGCAAACCCCGUUAUGAUAUUACUAUGUCCAGGAGAACAAGAAAGCCAUUCAUCAAUUUCGAAGAAGCCAAUCCAAACCCCACAACAGUCUCGACAGAAGAAGAGAGUGAUGCUAAAGAUGUUGUUGUCCGUGAUAAAGAAACAGAGAGCUUUCCUGCAACAGUUGAUGUUGAAGAAGACCGUAAAAGCAGCCUGAAGCAACUUAUAAUCGACAACGCAGGCAGCCAAGAAAGUGAACCCACCAAGCUGGUGCUGCAGGAAACAAGGGGCGGAGAUGAUGAAAACACUGAGAGGAAAUUAUCAGGAAGCAGGAAUUCCCUUGGCCAGCAUUUCAAGGGAGAAGAAAAGCAGCUUCAAUUAGUAACAAUGAAACAAGCAAAAGAAGGAAUUGAAGGAGUGAAGCUUAAGGGAAUGGUGGGUCGCUAUGUCAAAGUGUUAAGCCAUUUGAUCAGAAUCAAGCGUGACACACGCAUGAAUAAUGGAUCUCGGAAAAAGCCACUUCUCCGAUUGCCCAUGUAGGCCAUGCAUAUUUUCCAGGGACUCUUCUGAUCACUACUUAUGCAUAUAUACAUACAAUACUCCUCGGCAUGCCUUGAUUUCGAUUGGCUAUUAAUCCUCCAAUGGAAACUCUAUAUAUAUAUAUAUAUAUACUGUAUUUAUGUAUAUCUAUGUAAUUAUGUCUGUAUUUAUGUAUGUUUCUACUACACAUGUACGCAUCUGGCAGAUUUUUUGUUAUUCUCCUAUAAUUUUGCACGAAGAUAUUAGUAGAAAUUAGUAGUCCUUUUUGGUGCU